GUACCGGUAUUAGAAAAGACUAAGCAGUCGUUUGUUUGUUUUGACAGAUCAAGUUUGAAGAAUAACAAUCGAAGUAUUAUCCACAAAGAAAUUACAAAAUUCGUUAAUAAAGUUUUUGUUCCUCAACGUAAGUAUAGAUGAUUAUUUUGUUAUCAAUCAACUGGUCAAGAAAUAUAAAACUAACCUUCCAUUCUAACAAAUAUAAUUUUUUCAGGGAACUAUUCCGACAAAAUGAGUUCAAAAUUAGUGGCAAGAGAUGAUGGACGACAUUACAGCAACCCAUAUUUAAAUCUUUCUCCAGAUAAUGACAAAAACAUUGUGGAUUCUGGAAACAAUGACAUUCAUGCUGAUUUUAAUAACUUAUUAAAAGAUAACAUUCAUAAACUAAUGGAUCACCUUGAUAAACACAAAACAGGAUGGUUAACUCGUGAUGAUACAUCAAUUUAUACAGGAAAUUCUGGUAUUGCUUAUAUGUAUUAUUUAUAUGGCAAACAAUUUAAUGAUGAAUCUUAUAUAACAAAAGCAUUGGAAUUGAUUAAAAUACGUUCAAAAUCAACAAGUAGAAGAGAUAUCACUUUUUUGACUGGUGAAGCCGGAAGAUUGAGUCUUGGAGCAGUAAUUUAUCAUAUAACAAAUAAUAAAGCUGAGUCUUUAGAAAUGAUAUCAAAAUUGCAAGCUAUGUUAGAUGAAGCAGUUAUGAGUACAUAUGAUGAAUUACUCUAUGGUCGUGUUGGAUAUCUUUACGCUCUUCUCUUCGUUAAUAAAAAUAUUUCUCCUACUACUAUUGACAGAGAAAUAAUUAAGAAAACCAUUAAUUGUAUUUUAAUAUCAGGAAAAAAGUAUGCAAAAGAGAGGAAAAAGACAACACCUUUAAUGUACAGUUGGCAUGAUACAGAAUAUUUAGGAGGAGCUCAUGGUCUUGCUGGCAUUCUUUAUAUUCUUUUGCAGGCAAGAGAAUACUUGACUGAAGAACAACUGAAAAAUGAAAUUCAGCCAGCAUUAGAAUAUUUAUUAUCUUUAAGAUAUCCUUCAGGAAAUUUUCCGUCUUCAGUAGGAAGUAAGACUGAUAAAUUAGUUCACUGGUGUCAUGGAGCUCCAUCAAUGACUAUGCUUUAUAUCCUUGCUUCUGAGGUUUUUAAUAAUGAAAAAUAUCUUGAUGUUGCUAAAGAAUGUGGUGAAGUUAUCUGGCAUCGUGGAUUAUUGAUAAAAGGCUGUGGCAUCUGUCACGGAGUCUCAGGCAACGCUUAUUCAUUUUUAUGUCUUUAUCAAAAAACAAAGGAUAUAAUGUAUUUAUGGCGAGCCUGCAAAUUUGCUGCUUGGUGCUUUGAUUAUGAAUCAAACCAAUGUAGAUCUCCAGAUCGUCCAUACUCAUUAUUUGAAGGUCUUGCAGGAAUAAUUUAUUAUCUUAUUGAUUUGACAAAACCAUCAUUUGCUAAAUUUCCCGGAUAUACUCUGUAAAUAAGUCACUUUAUUAAUUAUCACAUUAAUUAAUCAUCAAGACAAUUCAUAAAUAAUUAUACAAUAUUAAGGUUUAAUUUUAAUCUUUUGAACUUUGAAUAUAAUUCAUACGUAAUUAGUGAUUAAAGUUUUUAUUAAAUAAAGGGGGA